AUGCAGAAUGAAUUAGAGGAAGUGACAGAGAAGCUCUCAGAAAUGGUGGCACGACAGUACCUUGUUACUCCUCGAGGGCAGAUUAUUGCCACAACUUUGUUGACACGCAGAAGAAGACAUAAAUUUGUACGAGCUGUGAGUAGAGGUCUCUUACCUCCUGAAACACCUCCAUCACUUCGUAGAUCUCGGAAACGACGUUUGCCAGGCCUUAUGGGAAUGGAUCCUGUUGAUGAUGAAUUAGAGGCUGGUCAUGAUGAUGGUGACAAGGAAGGGAGUGAAUCAGAUAUUGUGCUGAUGCUGCUCCUGGGCCUUCAAGCAUAAUUUAAUUUUGACUGCUACUAGCAAGACUUCCUCUGCACUGGCUUGUGAAUGUUGGCAAGUAAGCACGUUAUUAGUAAUCACACA